GCGUUUUUUAGAAUAGUUUUACUGCUAUCUUCUUUGAACUAGAAAACUUACACUUUUACGAGGAAAAAAACUGUUUUGCCGAUUUUUCUCACCAGUUCUUUGCCUAAAAAACUCUACAUAUUAAUCAAGUUACUUCGAGUAUUAAAUUCUUCUUUUUUCUGUUCUUGUUUUAGGAUCCAAAAUCGAUUGUAAAUUAGCAAAAGAUAAAUAUGAAAGUACAAACAUAGAAAGUGAAGAAGUUAUUAUGUACAAUAGCAGUAGUGAUGGAAGCAGCGCCGAUAAUGAUGACGACGAAGUACACUUAACGAAAUAG